AUGGGUAUCGUCCAGCGCUGGAAGGCCAGCGACCUGGGCCAGGAACUGACUGGCCCGCUGCUCGCCGUGUGCAGUUACUCCGGUCUGGCCGGUGCCGGCUUCGGUUGGGACAAUUGUUACUGGGCCGGUUUCCUGGGCAUGAGCCAGUUCGCCAAGGACUUUGGUGUCUACGAUGCUGCCACGGGCACUUAUUCCAUCCCAGCAUCGUGGCAGUCUGCUGGUAGUGGUGCGCCUACUGCGGGUGUGGCCCUUGGGUGUCUGUUUUCUGGUUUUGUCGGUCAGCGCCUUGGUCGUAUCAAGACCUUUUACCUCGCCGCCGCCAUUGCCAUUGUCGGUAUCCUGAUCCAAGUCUGCUCUUUUGGUCACUUUUGGCAGCUCAUGGCUGGUCGUAUCAUCAACAGUAUUUCCAUGGGUCUAGUGUGCAAUGUUGUUCCGACAUACCAGAGUGAGGUCUCGCCUGCCAAGAUUCGAGGAUCAUUGAUCAACAUCUACCAAUUCUGGCAACUCGUGGGAGCGACCAUGGCCUGUGUCGCCAAUUGGGGCCUGCAGUCUCGUACAGAUCAAUGGGCCUACCGUCCAACGCUCAUGAUCCAGUUCAUUAUCCCGAUCGUACUCGUCGCCGGUGGCUUUUUUCUGCCGGAAUCUCCUCGAUGGCUGGUAGGCCGGGGCAAAGUCGAGGAGGCGCGCAAGGUCCUCCACUUUCUCCGCCGCGGCACACCCAUUGCUCUCAUCGACGAGGAGCUCAACCUCUUGGUACAGGCGGAAGAGCAGGACCACGAGCUCUACCUGCACACAUCCUGGGCCGACGUCUUUAUGGGUUCCAACCUGCGUCGCACCCUCAUCUCCGCCGGCGUCCAGUGCUUGCAGCAGGCUCAGGGCAGCGGUUUCAUUGUUGCGUACUCGGUUGUCUUCUUGCAAACUAUUGGUGUCACCAACAGUUUCGAGAUUUUGAUCUAUCUCUACAUGGUCAACUGCCUGUCUUCGGUGCUGGCAUUCCACUUUGUUGACAGGAUUGGCCGUCGUCCCCUCAUGAUUGGUGGCGCCAUCUUGCUCUCGAUUUGCAUGUUUGUCCUUGCUGGACUGACUGGUUUCCACGGAAGCGAUCCUGGUGCUCAAAAGGGAGCGCUUGCUUGCCUUUUCAUCUGGCAGUUUGUGCAAGCCAUCUCGUGGGCUUCUUGUGUCUGGAUCGUCUGCGCCGAAGUCCCAACACUCGCCGUCCGAGAAAAGACCGUUACGGUGGCGACCUUUAGUGGUUUCUCGACCAGCGUGCUCAUCACCUUUGUCAGCCCGUUCAUCCAAGACACGGGCUACGGCAACCUGCAGGGCAAGAUUGCCUUUGUCUGGGGCGCCGGGUCCAUCAUUGCCGCCACGUGGGCCUUUUUCGUGCUUCCCGAGCUCAAGGGCCGCACGCUCGAGGAGCUCGACGAGCUCUUCCAGAAGCGCAUCAACGUCUUUGAGUUUGGCAAGUACCAGACCACUGGAGCUGGCGCAACCCUCGCCGUUAUCGAGGGAAUGGCCCACACCGUGGAUGACAAGACUGCCGAGUUGGUUAUUCAAGAGAAAGGACUGGACAGAAAGGAAGGGUCAAUGUAA